AGGAGGACUUCCUCACGCUGGCCGCCUCCCGGCUGAGCCGCAGGAAGCGUGUCAUCGGAGCGGCGGUGGGCGUGGCCAUGGUGUUGGUGCUGCUGGUCGCCAUCCCGUUAUUGGUCCACAGCACGAAAGCGGGUAGCGCCAGAGGCGGGGACACCCACUACGAAAUGCUGGGCAGCUGCCGGAUGGUCUGCGACCCCUUCACGCCCCCGCAGAGUGGCCACGAGCUGGCCGUCGUCUCCCCGCCACCCCCGGACUUCACGGGACGUAGGGGGAAGUCCGGAUUCCGCGGGAGCCCUGGUCUGCCAGGACCCCCUGGACCUCGCGGUCCCCCCGGAGAGCCGGGUAAGCCGGGCCCCCCGGGCCCCCCUGGGCCGGGACCUGGAGGAUACGUACCUUCCCUCUACAGCCCCAAAAUCGCCUUUUACGCUGGCCUCCGCAAGCAGCAUGAGGGCAGCGAGGUGCUCAAGUUUGACGACGUGGUCACCAACGUGGGCAACUACUACGAGCCCACCACCGGCAAGUUCACCUGCCCGCUGCCAGGCAUCUACUACUUCACCUACCACGUACUGAUGAAGGGGGGGGAUGGCACCAGCAUGUGGGCGGACCUGAAGAAGAAUGGGCAGGUGAGGGCCAGUGCCAUCGCGCAGGAUGCUGAUCAGAACUAUGACUACGCCUCCAACAGUGUGAUCUUGCACCUGGAUGUGGGGGAUGAGGUGUGUGUGCAGCUGGACGGGGGGAAAGUGCACGGGGGCAACACCAACAAAUACAGCACCUUCUCCGGCUUCCUCAUCUACCCGGACUGAUCCUGGCCACCUUCUCACUCAUGCACACAACCUUCUCCGGCUUCCUCAUCUACCCAGACUGAUCCUGGCCACCUUCUCACUCACGCACAUGCACGUACAGACACACACACACGCAUGUACAAACACACACACACGCACACACGCUGGUACAGACACACACGCACAUAUACGUACAGACACACGCACGUACAGACACACAUGCACACGCAUGUACAGACACACGCACGUACAGACACACACCCGUACAGACACACGCACAUGCACGUACAGACACACACACGCACAGACACAGAUACACGCACAUACAGGCACACAGGCACAGACGUGCAUACAGGCACACUGACACAUGCACAUGCAAAGACAUAUACACAUAUAUACAUACACACACACAUGCUCAUGCUAACACACAUAUGCACAUGCAUGCACUCUCUCUCUCUCUCUCUCUGUCUAUCAGUCUGUCUUUGGCCUGCAGGCUAACACCACCAUAAAUACAGCACUUUCUUCAGCUUGUUCACCAACCAAGACACCCCCCCCCCCCUCACACUCCCCCACCUCCCCAUGUCCCACAACUGUCAUUGCUCAGACACUGGAGCUUCUCUGACCAGCCUCGCACCACUGCAUACAUCAACAAAAAUCACUAAAAAAACUGUUUUAAAAAAUACUGCUGCUGUUGUGAAAAGACACGUUACAGGGGACUCAUGCCAAGAACACAAAGGGCCUGGUUAGCCCUUGAGCCUGUCACCGGUGUGGCAUGUUAUUAUAGUCACCAAAACCCAUUAAUUUCAUAAACCCAGUUGAAGUGUGUACAAGACUUGCUGCUUAAAUGCUAUAUACCGAUGACUCAUGUAGUGCAGUAGUACUCAAGAAUUUGCUUGCUUAUUUAUGUCAGUGUUCACUGGAUGUUGGAAGCAAUGGACAGGAAUAAUGCAAGAUGGAAUCUCGAGAUGGAAAAAAUGUUUUAAAAUGUAUGGAACUGCAUCACUGGACCACUACAGGAAGGAAAUUUAAAUUAAUUUAACCCCCCCUCCCCCACACACUGAAGCAGCUCACCUUUUCACAGGUCUAAGAAUGUGGUAUGGUUGGGGGAGGCAGUUGCGGUGUGAUUGAAAGCCAUGAUACCCACAAUGCCUUUCUGCCUCAAUGCUCCAACCACCAUGGAUUUCCAACAUGCCACAGCCACCUCACAAGUGUGUCUGAAAACAUAUCCAUCUGAGAGGAUAACACACUGCAGUUACAACCAAUCUGAAUUUCCUUUUUUCUUCUUUUUUUCUAAGUUUUUUAAAAAUCUGAAACAUCUGAUGUUUUGGUCAUAUGAACGACGUAGCAGAUGUGUUUAAGGCAAAAGGGUUGACUAUUCACAUGGAGAAACAUUCAUCGAGAUUCGUCAUCAGCGGAUUGGCUGGCUCUCGUUCCAAAUUACAUGCCAGUUUCUGUUCAUUUAAGCAGUCAAAUGAUUUACAUAAUCUGUUAUGCAUGUUUCAUUUCUUAAUCAGCUCAUGGACGGCAGACGACAAUGCCAUUUUGCUGUUGUGUAACCCCUGAACUGGCGUUGCCAUGUUCAGCUAAUUAGCACAUUGAGCUACAGCAAUGCACAGUGCCCCACCUGGGCUGUGCUGCUUUAAUCUGACCACAUAAAGGCAUACUUUACUGUCAUACACUAAUGACUUCUAGCAAAUCAUUCCAUUGCUCAAAUUUAAUGACAAUCCAUUUUUCAGCAUUCAGUCCAGUCUUCUUUAUAGAGGGCAUUUGACAUCAUGAGUCUGCUUAAGAAUGUCUUAAUUGGGGUUUGUUUAAAAUCAUUACCAUUGCUGUGGGAAUUUAAGAUAAGCCAAUGUACUUGCUAUUGUACAGUGUAUGCCUGCGCGCUGUGAGUGUUCAGUUUCAUCCCUGACUGAAAAGUUGUACAACAAUUCAAAAAUUGUGCUGCAAUCCCCCACAAACUACUGUCUUGUUAAUUUUGUACAGUGCAGUAGAUAUUUGUUCAAAAAUGUCAGUGUGUAGAGGAUUAUGCAAUAUGUUUAUAUGAAUGUGUGAACUAAUUUAUGUGUGUGUGCAUCUCUGUAUGUGUGUGAGCACAUGUAUGUGUGUGUGUGUGUGUGUGUCUGUCUGUAUGUCUGUGUGUGUGAAUUCCAGUGCAUGCAAUAUGCAAAAUUAGGAUUUAAAAUAUCUACAUGUUGUGGUUAUAGAGAUACAGAGCUUAAGACAUGGUGAAGACAUCUGUCACAUAUGCUAAUUUUAGUUUUCAUCUACCCAUGUAGAAUUUAAUUCCUUUGGCAAAUUGAACUGUUGGUCUAAUUUAAUAUGUGCCCAAGUCUGAACAGGGACUGUGUGUCAGUAGAGAGUUUUCAAUGAAACAUUAUCAGAGUAGUCCUUAAUGAAAUGAUAUAAGAGUAGUCCUCAAUGAAACGAUAUCAGACUAGUCCUUAAUGAAAUGAUAUCAGAGUAGUCCUCAAUGAACUGAUAUAAGAGUAGUCCUCAAUGAAACAAUAUCAGAGUAGUCCUUAAUGAAGCGAUAUCAGAGUAGUCCUUGAUGAAAUGAUAUCAGAGUCGUCCUUAAUGAAAUGAUAUCAGAGCAGUCCUUUAUGAAAUGAUAUCAGAGUAGUCCUUAAUUGGUGGCAGAUGAGACAGACUGUAAUUACACAAGGAACUUAAAGCAAAAAGUGCCAGGGUUUUAAUUCUCAUUAGCAUAUGUUAAACUGCUUAUGGCUAAGAAAAGUAAUUCAGAUGCAAACUGUUAAUCCCUCUUGUAAUCAUAGUAUCUUAGACCACAGGGUGACCAUGAAGGAGGACCUUUAUCUAAUUAGAGUUGUCCAGCCCUGACCUUUAUCAGGCUCAGCUGGGGGUCGAGUACUGUAUCUGCCAGCAGUAUUACUGGGCACAUGUCAUCCAUGCCACCGAUGUCAGCAGUAGCACACACAUGCUUCAGCAAUAUACAAGUUAUUAAAAUAAUUCAGUACUUUUUUCAUCUAUGUACAUCACAUCAGAGCACAGCAGGAACAGUUGAAGGACGAUCAGUCUCUCUGAUUUUAAGGUAGAAGGUCUUGUUAAGGCUCUGUGUAAAAUUUUCCAAGCGAAUGCCAUGAGAAGCACAACGUAACUUUAUAACUAGAGCAGAAAACGAAGACAGCAGCAUCACUCGUGCUACAGAGUACAGGUUUUAACCAACCAGACCAGAUGUGCUGAAGAUGUCCGCUCCAACAGGUUAUUCCUGGGGCUUCAUUUCCUUAAAACAGUGCCUACAGGCCAGAUAUUAUCUACAUAAGCUACUAUUCAGAGAACAAUGUAUGGAUAAGAUUUAUUGUUCAUGAACAAAGUAUAACAUGCACAGCUAUUACUUAUUAUUCUGUUGCUAUACUGACACUGGAGAAGCAGACCAGGACGGUCACGUCUUUUAGUGCAUCAGGAUAGUUAUCUUUGGAGUUAUUUUUCCCCAUGACCAAGGGGCCAUGAGCACUGUAUUUCUAUAAUGGGCUACAUUUGACAGUUAGGGCCAGUAGCUGAAUAACCAUGUCAUACGGCACACUGAUGCUGACUGCUUUGUUGAUUAAUGCCACAGGUGAUAUGUGAGGUCACUGGAAUUGGUGUAAUGGCUGAUUUACAUGCAUCACAGGGAAUAGCUCAAUUUAUGUGAAGGCAAGCCAUUAACCCUGAGAACAGCAGUAAUGCAGCUCCAUCACUGAGGCUCACAUUUAACCUCUUAAGCAUGCACUGCAUUAUUUUUCCAUGACAUAACAAAACUAACAAUAUCUUGUAUUUUCUGGGUGCAGUUUAUGUUAAUCCCUGUGAUCACUGAAAGCAUAAUACUGAAGGAAUCAGAAGGGGAAACAUGGCUUGGUUUUUUUAACUAAAGGCAAAGCAUAUUGAGCUCCUAAUGCGUUUGGACUUGAAUUCUACUGGAAAUUAUUGCCAAUUCAAAUUUAAAGCAAAACUAAAUCUUACAAUUAAUGUAGGAUUCACGUGAAAUCCAUCUCUUUGGCAGAGACCUCACCUUCCCAUUUCUCAAUUUUCACAUGAUCACAGGACCGGAUGACCGAACUACAUUGCCCUGCUGGUGAAUUAGAAAAGUCUUUACAUUCUCAAUAUAAAGAACAAGGGAACGGUGGCUGUCCUGCACUAAAUAAGCCGCAUGCUCUUUUUUUUACCAGCAUUUUUACUUUGUGAAAAUUCAUAUGAAAUGCAUACAUGUUGUUUACAUGUAUACUGAUAAUAUCUCUGCUAUGGAGCAGGGGAAAAGAGUACAUCAGUGUAACAGACAGCAAGCAUUUAAUCUGCGACUCUCUGUAUCUCCCUGGCCCCACCACCCCAGUGUGCACAAUAAGCACCCAGUGCAUUGUGGGGUUUGUAGGAGAUUAGGGUUGAUUAGGGGGCCAGAAAACAAUAUCAGCUUAUUUAUUGUCCACUUGAAAAUGUAAUGCCUCACUACUUCCUACUACACUGAAGAUAAGGAACAGCAUAUACAUUCAUAAAAUGUGAUGCAACAAUUAUCAUUUCCACAUCAGUGUAAACAUUACUGUGGAAAAUGCUGUAACUAACUGUACCAAUUAUGCAUAUAUACUGCUAACUCAUCCAAGUAAUAUUUCUAAAUUCUCUUUAUUUGUGGGGAAAAAUAACUUUUCUGCAGGAAA